AUGAAGAGUAUCCUGUGCUUACUGCUGGGGCUCGUGGCAAUCGCCGCAGCCCACUCUAACAUCGGCGACAGAAAUGUCGUCAUCGGAGUCGGCGACCUGAAACAGCGUCAGCUGCUUAUCUUCAAGCUGUUGAACAACAUCCUGGAGCCGCUCGUCGACAAGGACAUCAUUGACAUUGGAACUAACUUCGACAUUCGCAACAAUGUUGAACUUUACACGAAACAAGAAGUCGUCAAAGGGUUCCUUAACCGUCUGAAGGUGGGUAUGCUUCCACGCGGUGAAGUGUUCACCCUCCACAUCGACCGUCAACUCAAGGAAGUCAUGAACAUGUUCCACAUGCUCUACUUCGCCAAGGACUUCGACACCUUCAUCAAGACCGCCUGCUGGAUGAGGCUGAACCUCAACGAGGGCAUGUUCGUGUACGCUCUGACCGUGGCCGUGCGCCACCGUGAGGACUGCAAGGGCAUCAUUCUCCCGCCUCCUUAUGAAAUCUACCCCUACUACUUUGUCCGCGCUGACGUUAUCCAGAAAGCGUAUCUCAUCAAGAUGAAGAAGGGUCUUCUCGACGAGAAACUCUGCGACUUAUACGGAAUCAGGGUCACCGAGAAGGGAACUUACAUCAUCGACGAGAACGUUUUCGACAAACGCGUCGCACUCAACGACGAGGACAGGUUGAGGUACUUCACCGAGGAUAUCGGCCUGAACACGUACUACUACUACUUCCACAUCGACUAUCCCUUUUGGAUGAACGACAACAUCAUGAACAACAAGGUUAUGACGAGACGCUGGGAAAUCACCCUUUACAUCUACCAGCAAAUCCUGGCCCGAUACAACUUGGAGCGCAUAUCCAACAGGAUGGGUGAUAUUGUUGGCUUGGAUCUCAACAAGACCAUCAAGAAGGGUUACUGGCCGUGGUUAUUUCUACACAACGGCGUCCAACUGCCCGUGAGACUUAACAACAAAAUCAUCACCACUGACAAGAACGUGCAAAUCGUUAAGCUCAUCAAAGUCUACGAGAACAUCAUCACUGAGGCUAUCAUCAAAGGAUUCGUUGAGAUUAACGGCUUGAGACUGGAUCUGCACAAACCUGAAGACAUUGAAGUUCUUGGUAAAUUGAUCUACGGUGUCGUCGACAAGCACACAACCACCUUCAGCAAGACAUCCGUUGAAGCCUACCGUUACUUACUACUCCUACUGAAGGCUGUCAUUGGUCUCAACCCCGUGGAAUCAGACAAAUACUUCGUCGUUCCCACUGUUCUUGACAGCUAUCAGACGGCUCUACGUGAUCCCGUAUUCUAUCAAAUACAGAAACGUCUCUGCAACUUAUUAAUUUUGUUCAAGAAACGCCUCCCUAGCUACACUCGCGAGGAACUCAUUUUCCCUGGCGUCAAAAUCGACAACGUCGUGGUUGACAAACUGGUCACCUACUUCGAUGAUCAUUUAAUGGACAUGACCAACGCUGUUAUCCUCAACAAUGAUGAGCUGAAGAAGACCAAAUCCGACAUGACUAUCCUUGUUCGCAAGCGCCGUUUGAAUCACCAACGCUUCAAGGUAGUAGUAGACGUUACAUCUGACAAGACCGUGGACUGCGUCGUAAGAAUGUUCCUGGGACCGAAGGAGGACGGUCUGGGUCGUCUAAUCGAUAUCAACAAGAACCGCCAUAACUUUGUGGAAAUCGACUCAUUCUUACACAAAUUGGUCACCGGAAAGAACACCAUUGUAAGGGACUCCAUCGACAUGCACAACAUCGUCCGCGAUCGUUUGAUGACACGUGAUCUAGUAAAGAAGGUGGAAACCAUCACCGACUUCAGGGAUAUGUUGGUAAAGGACCUCAGGAACUACAUGACCGGAUUCCCGGCGAGGUUGCUGCUGCCUAAAGGUCGCACCGGUGGUCUGAAGAUGAUGCUGUACGUGAUCGUUACUCCGUUGAAGUUGGUCGACGGUGUUGAUUUAUCCAUGUUGGACGUUACACGUAAGGAUCUCCUCGUAGACUUCAGGUCAACGGUACUCCUCGACAAGAUGCCUCUCGGUUUCCCUCUGGAUCGCGAAAUCGACGUCGGAACUUUCUUCACUCCUAACAUGAAGUUCGUCGACUGUGUCAUCUUCCACAAGCAGCAAGUCUGCGACAUGAAGACGCGUUGGAACCGUUGGGUCCUCAGACAAUACGACCUGGUCGACCAGACCUUCAUCGGUGACAACGUCAACAUUAACAACUACAACGUAGACGUCGACAUCACUCGUGAUCUCAACAGAGGUAUCCACAUCACUGACUUCUAAUAAGCAAAUAAUAAAAUUAAAAAAUAUAUUUGUGUAAUAUACGAUGUAAUAUGAGUAGCAUGCAAUAAACUAUGGUGAAGAUUAUUA